AUGGAUUCCUCAAUCACUCUUUUUCAUAUCCCCGAUUAUGUUAAUGAAGUGAUCUCUCACUUGUUCGAUGAUCGUAAAGCACUUUUCUCUUGUGCUUUAGUUAGUCGUUUAUGGUGUAGAUCAGUUAUUCCUCUGCUAUGGAGUAAUGUCUUUAACAUUCAACUAUCUCAUAAUAAUAAAGAAAUAAAAAUUAUUCACACUUAUGUAAAAUGUCUCCCAGAAAUUCAAAAGUUAACCUUGAUAAACAAUAAUAUAAAUCUUCAAGAUUUAAAACCAGCACUAUUUGAUUAUCCGAAGUAUUUGCGGGUUUUGAAUUGUCUUGAUUUCGAUAAUGCGUUAUAUUCUUGGUAUAAUGCGACCAUUAAACCUGGUAUUGAUAUUACGGAAUUUCAAAACACAUUUCUUCAUU